UUUUUAACCCAGAUGGCGCAUUCAAUUUUUAAAAUUCCAGAAAACGCAGAUGUUUGAUGUAAUAUAAAUGAUACAAAAAUAGGCAGUCAGAAACGUUAAACUAUUUUAAUCAAAACAGAACUUCGAAAGAUAAAAUCAUAAUAAAUGUAUAAAAUUAAUAAAAAACUAAAUUGCAGUGUAUGUGUAACUCACGCGAUUAAUGAAACCGAUACACCUUCUUGGUUGUGUCUUAUUUAUGCAGUAUGUGUGCAAAAUCUUACACUGAUGAGUGCAAUUUAAAUGAACACAAUAUUUUCCAACCUAGAAAAAGACCUUAUUCUUGCCGUGUGUGUGAAAAAUCUUUCACACAUAAAGGAAGUUUAGAUCAGCACUGUUUUAUUCAUACUGGAGAAAAACCUUAUUCAUGCAGUGUGUGUGAUAAAACUUUCUCAAGGAAAUGUCACUUGAAUGAACACUCUCUUGUUCAUACUGGCGAGAAACCUUAUUCAUGUAGUGUGUGUGAUAAAAAAUUCUCACAGCAAGCUAAUUUAAUGAAACAUUCACUUGUUCAUUCUGGAGAGAAGCCUUAUUCAUGCAGUUCGUGUGAUAAAACAUUCUCUCAGAAAGAUAAUUUAAAUAAACAUUUUCUUGUUCAUACUGGAGAAAAGUCUUAUUCAUGCAGUUUAUGUGAUAAAAAAUUCACUCAUAAAUAUAAUUUAAAGAAGCAAUCAUAUAUUCUUUCUGGAGAGAAACCUUAUUCAUGCAGUGUGUGUAACAAAACAUUCAAACAAAAAUCUAAUUUAAAUAAACAUUCGCUUGUUCAUACAGGAGAGAAGCCAUAUGCAUGCAGUGUGUGUGACAAAACAUUCUCACAGAAAGUUCAUCUAAAUAAGCACUUUUUUGUUCAUUCUGAAAAAAAACCUUAUUCAUGCAGUGUGUGUGAUAAAACAUUCUCACAGAAAGGUCACUUAAAUGAACACUGUCUUGUUCAUUCUGGAGAGAAACCUUAUUCAUGCAGUGUGUGUGAUAAAACAUUCUCACAGAAAGCUUACUUAAAUAAGCAUUUUAUAAUUCACACUGGUGUUAAACCUUAUUCGUGCAAUGUGUGUGAAAAAUCUUUUACACAUGAAGCUAAUUUAAAUCAACAUUAUCUUAUACAUAGUGGAGAGAAAUCUUAUUUAUGCAAUUUCUCUAAUAAAUCAUUUAGACAUAAAGCGCAUUUAAAUCAACACUGUUUGGUACAUGGUAUAGAAAAGCCUUAUUCCUGUAAUCUAUGUGAUAAAAAAUUCUCACAGAAAGCAAAUUUAAAAAAACACUCUUUUGGACAUAUUGGAAAGUAUCCUUAUUAAUACAGUUUGCGAGAUAAAAUUUUGCAUAUUUUUUUUUUUUAUUUCCAAUGGCAGGCCAAUUUGAAAGAACAAAAGGGAUAAAAUAACAAGAAAAACAAGGCAAAAAUAGAUAAAUAGAAUUGAAUGCUUAGUGACAUGCUUAGCCCGUACGGGCCCUAGCUUCCCAGUAGCGUCCACACACAGUAGUAGAGAUGAGCGCAGGACAGACGGAAAUAUAGGGCAAGUCCAUGUCCUCCCCAAGGCGACAGAGCUUGCAUUUAGGAGAGUCAAAAAUGUUUAUGCUAAAAAGGUGUUUGGCCAGACAGUCAUGGCCCGUUACAAGUCUAAAGAGAGCGACUGCCGUAAACCUGGGCUGAUUUGGGAUAGUUAAAAUAUGGUUGAACCAGGUUUUGUGUAUAUUGCUUGUACGGAAAUUCUCUGAGAGCAUGUUCGGAAUUGGUUUCGGACCAGCGAUUUAAAUGAGUGCAGAGAGAUAGAGCAACGAGAUGCUUGGGCAAUAGUUGUUCCUUUCUUGGCCAAGAAAUCAGCUUUUUCAUUACCCCAAAUCCCGCAAUGUCCCGGGAUCCAUUGGAGGACGAUUUGCUUGCCUUUCAGUGUCAGGUCUUUCAGACAAUCAAUGCAUUUCUGAAUGGAGAUGAAUUGGGGAAUCAGUGGAGAGUUAGUAUCAAGAGCUGCUUUAGAGUCAGAUAAGAUGACGGCGCUAGAAAAUUGGUCAGUACGACACUGUAAUUGUUUUAGGGCAAUUAGAAUAGCCUCAACUUCACCGUCGUAGGCAGAUUCAUAGCAGCCAACAGAAGCGUAGGCAGAGAACAGCAUUUUGUUCAUAACACUGAGGAAGAAUUUUAUAUAUGCAAUGUUCUACACAUGAAGAUAAUUCUAAUGCAUAUUGUGUUUUUCAUAUUGCAAAAAAACUAAUAUGCAGUGUAUGAG